CCGAAUGAUACUCAUUGGUUUGACGACGAUAAGUGAUAAUAAUGACGUGGAUUUCGGAACCAAACCGUUAAACAACUUCGGUCCACCUACUAAUCCUACCGACAAACUUUAUCCUCACCGCUUGAGACGGCGAAAAAGAAAUGGCUGCGAAAGAUCCGGCGACGACCAGUGAUGAUGCCAUUAGAGUUAACGGUAUGGAGUUUUCUUAUGAAGCCGAGGAUCCUAUAUUCUUUGAUUUCAACCUCGAGCUCCCAGCUGGAUCUAGAUGCCUUCUUGUUGGCGCCAAUGGAUCUGGCAAGACAACUCUAUUGAAGAUUUUGGCUGGAAAGCAUAUGGUGGGAGGAAAGAACGUUGUACAAGUUCUUAGCCGCUCCGCUUUCCAUGAUACUCAACUUGUUUGCAGUGGUGACUUGUCUUACCUUGGAGGUUCUUGGAGUAAAACCGUUGGUUCAGCUGGCGAGGUUCCUCUUCAGGGAGACUUUUCAGCAGAGCAUAUGAUAUUUGGAGUUGAAGGAAUCGAUCCGGUGAGAAGAGAGAAACUGAUUGAUCUUCUUGACAUCAAUCUUCAGUGGCGUAUGCAUAAGGUUUCUGAUGGGCAGAAACGCCGAGUUCAGAUAUGCAUGGGACUAUUAAAUCCCUUCAAGGUGUUGUUACUUGACGAGGUAACUGUUGACCUUGAUGUUGUUGCAAGGAUGGAUUUGCUGGAAUUCUUCAAAGAAGAAUGUGAUCAGAGAGGAGCUACCAUUGUAUAUGCAACUCAUAUAUUCGACGGGCUAGAGACAUGGGCUACACAUUUGGCCUACAUUCAAAACGGUGAGCUGAAUCGUUCAUCAAAAAUGGCAGAUAUCAACGAGAUGAAAACUUCACCCAACCUCCUCUCCGUGGUAGAAUCUUGGCUUCGUUCUGAAACCAAACUUGACAAGAAAAGGAAGAAGAAGGAGCAUGUGGCAGCAUGGAAACCAUCUCCGUUUGAUAACUCACCUUUUAGGUCAUCCAGACACAUGGCUUACUACCGAUGAUUGAUAAUUACAGAUGAGAUCACUGAUCAUAUGUAUGAGUAUUAGUAAGAAUAAGGACAGUAGGGACAAGUUCACAUUGUGUGUGUAUUGUUUAGCUGCUAUACACUCUUGAGCUCAUUGAAAAAUAUACAACAAAAUAUAUGUAUUGUUUUUUUUGGUAUUCAAAAAAUAUGUAGUGCUCUGCCACAGCUAUUAAUCCGUCUGCACAUCGGACGACAUGGUACAAAUCUAAAUCUAUGUUUUCAGAG